CUGGAAACCACGUCUCCACGAUUAAUUAAUACCUAGUAAACAAUACUAUACCUACCUGCUACUAUAACAUAGUAUUUAAUUGGUACAUAGUAAGUAAAAUUGUAAAUUAAUUGCUUCAAGUUUUAAGGAUUUUUCUAGAAGUUUUUUUGGUUUAUUGAUUGUGUUACUAAUUAGUAAAAAGUGGGUCUUAUUGUGUAAUCUGAAGGAAGUUUUUAUAAGCGUGAAAACAUUUGAAAAAGAUGCAUUCAGAACUGGAGAAACUGGCAGUGCAGUUGUUCGACGCGGGCGCAGUGAGAUUCGGAGACAUCGAGGCUAAGAUCGGUCGGCAUACCCCCAUAUACUUCGACCUGCGAGUGGUGGUGUCACACCCCAGGAUCAUGAGGGCGGUAGCACAAGAGCUCCAGAAGUUGGCGUCACAGAUCCCUCACGACCUGCUCUGCGGCGUCCCAUACGCAGCCCUGCCCCUCGCUGCCGUCAUGUCGGUAACUUCUAACACCCCCAUGAUCAUGAGACGAAAGGAAACCAAACUCUACGCCACCAAGAAAAUACUCGAAGGCAUCUACCGAAAAGGACAAAACUGCCUCGUCGUAGAGGACGUAGUGACAUCUGGCGGCAGUUUACUAGAAACUUUAGAAACGUUACGAACUGAAGGUUUGACAGUCAGCCACGCCGUCGUAGUUCUCGAUCGAGAACAAGGUGGCGCUAGUGUGCUCAAAGCAAAUGGCGUUCGUAUACAUUCGUUGUUCACUUUGCCCGAAUUAGUGGAAAUACUCAAAAAUUCAGGGAAAAUAAGCCAGAAAACUGUAAAUAUUGUGUUGGAGCAUAUAAAGGAAUGUCAAUUUGGAGUAAAAGAUAAUUUAGAGUGAGAAGAGUAAAAUUGCGAAAAGUGGCGACGCAACAUUGACAUUCGCGAUAAACGUGAUAACUUGAUGAGAUAGGAUAAGAAGAGAGAAAGCCAAUACAAGGCGGAGGAUGAGAUAGAAUCUUCGGUGGAGGUUUAUUUAUAGACAUUAAGUUGAAAUUUAUAAUUAGAAAUCAUUAAAAUUUAAUGACUACGA